GGCUGCCGGGCUGCCCGGCGGCGACGGACGUCUCGCCUCUCCCAAUUGGGCUCAUCUGGGCUGCCCGGCGGCGACGGACGUUCGGCCGCGUCGAGCUCCACCCAUGCGUCGCCUCCUGCGUCUCGGGCUGCUCGCUUCCGGUUGCUCCGCGUACAAUGGCUAUGAGGUAGGAACGGACCCCGCGACCUAUCAAGAGGCAGCCGCCUACUGCGCGAGCGUCGGUGGCGCGCUCGCCGCAAUCUACAGCGACGCGGACAACGAGGCCGCGCGCGACGCGUGCGGCUACCAAGCCUGCUGGAUCGGCCUCCGGGAGCGCGGCGGCGACCAUGCCACGCACGCCGUCGACCAGACGUGGCUCUGGCAGGACAACUCGACGACCGCCGCGUACCACAACUGGGCGCCCGGCGAGCCGGACAACGGCGCCUGGAACGGCGCGGCCUACGACAGGCGGCGCGCCGUGAUGAAUGGCGCGGGGGGCAACACCUUUGAGUCGUCGGGCCUCUGGUUCACCCACUACUACACGUGGGUAGACCACGUGCCCCUCUGCAGCGUGGACGUGCCCACGGCGGCGCCGACGACCUCGCCGGCGCCGACGCUCACGCCGGUACCGACGUUUUUGUUCCAGUGCGACAACGAAAUGUGCGCCACGGACGAAGACGACGACAACGCACCUGACGACUGCUGUGCUACCUCGCCGGGCUGCAUGGGCGGCUCCACGCCUGUCAUAAAGGACGGGCACAAAUGCAGGGCGGGAAAACUUCUUGACGGUUUAGGCCGUGGGGAUGUCAUUUAUGGAGACCUCUUCACGUGCUGCACGGGGUUUCAAAUCCCCACGGACGAGGAGCUCACGGCGAGCGGGUUCGCGUGGGAGGACCACAAGAACCAUAAUGAGAAGGAUUCCGAAGGCGGCGGCGGGUGGGGCAUGCAAGUCCUUAUCAUACUUUGUGUCCUUAUGGGUAUCUGCGUUAUUGCCGCGGUUGCGAUUGUCGUCGGUGUGGCAUACGGCGGGUGCUGCGAGCCGGCCGCGCCGAAGCCCCGGACGGCCCGGGCGUCGGCCCGGGCGGUGGAACUGGUCCCCACGGCCCAUGCGGUGGAGGUGCCGGCCGCGGCAGGCGUCUAGCGUGCCGUCGGAGGCGCCCUUCCACAAUCUUAGCCCGCCCGCCGUCCAGCGGGCGUCCUCGAAAUUCAUCCCCACGUUUACUUAAAAUUUCCUCCGUCC